AUGGGCGAGAAUGUUCCGCCAGGCUCAGCAAAUAAGCCAACAGCCAGCGCGGACCGGCCUGGCUUGCCGUACUACGAAAAGUUGAGAAGAGACUUGCGCGACACUCUCCAACGGAAACGUCUUCUUGAUCGUAACCUGGCGGCGACAGAAGAUCAACUGUACCGACAAGAAACCACAUACCUCGAAGAAACGUCGAUCGCAGGCAACAUUGUCAAGGGCUUUGACAACUACAUCAAGGCGUCAGCAGUGUCGGCAACUGCAAACUCUGCUGGAGGAACAAUAUCCGGGAGCGCAGCUGGUGGUGGUGUAGGAGCAGGUCGUCGCAAGGCGGUCAUCAACGACACCGAUCGAAUCUUCUCUCGAAGUUCAGUCUCAUACAUGCGUGACUCUGAUUCUCCCAGCAGUUCGACAAGCACGCCCAAUCACGCAGGAACACCCACAGGAAGUUUCACGGCUGACAAGGUUGACAAGAAGAAGAAAAAGGGUACGGCGAAUGCAGCUGCACAUGAUGACGAAGGCGAAGGACGUUCGACCAAACGACAAAAGAUCUCAUUUGGUGGCCGUAAAGGUCAUGAUGAUUGA